UUUCCGUCUCCGGCUGCGGCAACGAGAGGAGCUGUCGCCAUGUCUGCGCAUUUGCAAUGGAUGGUCCUGCGCAACUGCUCCAGCUUCCUGAUCAAAAGAAACAAGCAGACAUACAGCACCGAGCCCAAUCAUCUGAAGGCCCGCAACUCCUUCCGCUAUAACGGGCUGAUUCACCGCAAGACGGUGGGCGUGGAGCCAGCAGCCGAUGGCAAAGGUGUGGUGGUCGUCAUGAAGCGGAGAUCCGGCCAGCGAAAGCCAGCCACCUCCUAUGUGCGGACCACCAUCAACAAGAACGCCCGGGCCACCCUCAGCAGCAUCCGGCACAUGAUCCGCAAGAACAAGUACCGUCCAGACCUGCGCAUGGCCGCUAUCCGUAGAGCCAGCGCCAUCCUGCGCAGCCAGAAGCCGGUGACACUGAAGAGGAAGCGGGCUCGCCCCACCAAGAGCUCCUGAGCACCUCCCUCCCAAAGCAAUAAAGCAUAAAGUGUCAGCCA